AUGUCAAGUGUGGUAAACUUGGCCGAGGAGGUCUUGAAUGGCGUAUUACAAGCCGCUGAGCAUCUACGAGGAGCAAUCAUAGCUGCAGAGAAUGGAUGUAUUGAAAGUUUACGCUGGUCUGGAGCAAUGCCGCUAUUACUGCGCGAUUUUGGUGUUCAGAAUGUGCUUUCUGCCUCAGAUUUACUUAAUUGUGCAUCUUCCAAAGAAUUACGUCACUUAUUGCUUUUACAAGAGACAGAAACUGUGGAUCAUGUAGCGUUAUUACUAUCAGAUUUUCUCUGGAACUACGAAAAAGCAUUAAAAAGGUUAUUAACACUCGACGUCAUUCACCGUCUUACAAUCUGCAGCAGCAUAUCAGAGAAAGCACACGAAUGCUAUGACUUUUCUAAAGCAGAAAACAAUAUGAAAGAUUCAGCUAUGGGAACUAAAAUUUCUAAAGAAAUGAAGUUUCACGAAUUUGCACUUGAAGUGAAGACAAAUGUUACGUUUGAAAUGGAGAAAAGAGAAAAAUUAAGUUUAAAUGAAGCGAAUGAUUGGGAUUGGAACGAUUUAGACACUACAAGGGAGACAUUUAUGGGUCAAAACAGGGUACAAGUAAUUCAUUUACCGCUUAGUAUGGUCCCUUUACUAUAUUCAAAGACGUCUAGUCCCGAACCAUCGGUCUUUGUGCUCUCUCAGCCAACAUGCGCAUCGGCAUUUCCACUUUUGCUACACCAAGUUGAAAACAACAAGUUGACGGCACCUACUUCACCUACAAAACAUGACGAUGUGAAUCGAAGAAAAUAUUUGCAUGUAAAAAACGUGGUGCCUGAAGACAUUCCGAGUGCUUUUCGAUGUUCGAUGAGAUUACUAGCGUAUACUAUUGCAGAAAUUAUGUUUGGAGCUCGACUGGACGUGAAAGAUCGAAUAUUCGCUCUUGGAGCCACGUCACUUAAGAUUGGACACACGUUGUUACGAAUUUUGAAUGAAAUGCAGCAAGAUUCUACCUCUCAAGACCAAAAAUCUGCUUCAAUACUUAUUAUUGAUCGGACGACUGACGUGAUCUCACCAAGUUCGUUUGGAGAUUCACUUCUUGAUCGAGUACUUGCCUUAUUGCCUCAAACGCCUACAAAAUCGAUAAUUCAAGAAGAUUUUGGGGUUGUCGGAUCAACGACUAGACAAGAAAAUGUGACAGAGAUAUAUCCACUUCAUGGUUGUGAGCCAACGCCAUUAGCAGCACUUGCCGAUACUUCUAGUUAUCAAACAUCGAAUUUUGUUUCUCAGAUUCAGUGGAAAGGAGGAGCGAACCUAUGUCAUCCAACUAUUGAUAAUGGCUUAAAUGUAUUUCGAUCACUGGCGUUCAGACCUGCCAAGCUCGCAUUGCGCGAUUUGGACAAGCGUCUACAAUCGAUAGAGCAGACGUUGCUUCAGCAAGGAAAUAUUCAAGCAACUGCAGUGACGCGUAGACCUGGGGAGAAGGUACGUGGACGUGAUGUUGUGCUGCGUCGUAUUAGUAAAAUUCUCGAAGCUGGAGAGCCCAUGAAUCUGGAGCACAGCUCGUUAAUUGAGCUCGGUGUAAUUGUUUUGGAAACAUUGGAACGGAUGGAAAAGAUACAAAUGCGAUGGAACAAGUGUCGCGAGCGUGCUGUGCGUCAUUUCGAGCUUUGGAAACAAGGUGAAAGUGAAUGGAUUCUUCCAGAAUAUGCGGACGUCAUGCAGCGACAGAUUGUAGCAACGGAUGAGGAAAACUUUUCACUGCAAGAAUCAUUGAUUUUACUCGUGAAUGCAUUCGCACGUUCGAGUGGAACACCAUUGGAAGACUAUACCCUUCAAAUGGUGCAAAAGACUCUAGUUGAAAUUGUGUGGCAGGCAGUACAAAAAGCACCACUGUCAUUGCAAGCAGUACUUCCAAAGCUAUACACUCAGCUUCUGCCAUACAUACACACUCAUGGGCUACAAACAAAAACUGAUUGUGAUAUCGAAGAUGAUAAUUGGGAUUGGAAUGAGAACAAUGUCACCCCAACAACUGUGGAACAAUUCUCUCAUAUUAAUGAUAAUAAGUCCAAGAUGGUGGAAACAAGGUCAAUCAUUGAAACAUAUGUGGAAAAAUUAAUGAGUAUAUUAGAGGAUUGCAAGCAGCAGUGUGCAAAGCUUAGCGAUUCAAAUGAUUCUCCGCGUUCGCUACUCGCUCAACUCUGCAGCUCAAUUGUAGAUUCAUGUAAAGCGCCCGUUGAAGAGAUUGAGCACGUUGUCGAUGCGUCCGAACAGCUGACACGCGCUGGGAUCAAUCUCUUGAAGAGUGGCUUUAGUAAAUUCGGAUUUCGUGGCAGUAGCGAAAGUGCAAUUAAUGGUAAUCGGAUCGGGGGAAGUGCCGACGUGAUUAUUGUGUUUAUAGUUGGUGGCAUCACUUUUGAAGAGAUUCAAGAAGUUCAUGAUGUGUUAAGCGAGAACACGAAGUAUCAAGUCAUUCUCGGUGGAACUGCUAUCACUAAUAGUGAUAUGAUUAUAGAAAAGCUCUUUACAUCGUAA